GAUUGGGGAAACCUAGUCCACUGUCGUCCCGGUAAGACACUCGCAAAUCGAUCUUUUGAGCCGUACAAAUAGGUCAAGACUAGGGCUGCUCCAUUUUAAAAAGUUGGGAUGUGGAGUUUGCAGGCAUCCAACGUCUCUACUGCAAGAUUAAUUCCCAUCGCGAAAGGGCCCAGCAAAUCCAGUACCACCCUGAGUUUUUUUUUUUUGGUAGAAGUACCACCGUGGUCCGCAGUUGUGUUUUAAAUAUGAUGUUAUCUUCUUUAUUAUUUUGAAAAUAUCCAACAUCCACAACUCCUAUACCUCAAGAUCAGAUCGGAUCUCAGCAGCAGCAGCAGCACCUAAUUACCCGAACUGAUGAUGGCGAGACCUCGGAGAUUUCUGGAGAGCCUCGUCAGGCCCUGGUUACAUCGGGAAGACAGAGUGGUGAAAGAGGAGGAGAACUUGGAGGCAAUCGCCGCGAAGGAGCAGAAGGUGUUCAAGUACGACACGCUGGUGGCUGCCACCCAUAAUUUCCACCCUCAGCAGAAGCUCGGGGAGGGCGGAUUCGGGCCAGUUUUUAGGGGACGAUUGGAGGACGGGCGGGAGGUGGCGGUGAAGAGGCUGGGGAGAGGGUCGACGCAGGGGGUGAAGGCGUUCACGAACGAGGCGAUACUGCUCUCGCAGGUGCACCAUAAGAACGUUGUCAACCUUUACGGCUACUGCGCCCGCGCCGACGAGAAGCUCCUCGUCUACGAGUACGUCCCCAACGAGAGCCUCGACAAGUUCCUCUUCUCUCCCCUGCCAGGAGGAGGAAGAGGAGACGAUCCGGGGGCUGGCCGGAAUUGGGCGGAGCUGCUGGACUGGAAUCGGCGGUACGAGGUGGUGCUGGGGGUGGCGCGGGGGCUGCUGUACCUGCACGAGGACGCGCACACGCCCAUCAUCCACCGGGACAUCAAGCCCAGCAACAUCCUCCUCGACGAGCGGUGGUCUCCCAAGAUCGCGGACUUCGGCCUAUCCCGCCUCUUCCCGGAGGACCUCACCCACGUCAACACCCGCGUCACCGGCACCUUUGGCUACAUGGCCCCCGAGUACGUCAUGCAUGGCUCCCUCUCCACCAAGUCCGACGUCUUCAGCUUCGGUGUCCUCGUCCUCGAGCUCAUCUCCGGCCGGAAGAAUUCCUCCUUCAUCCUCAAAGCCGAAGAUGCUCAGAGCCUCCCCGAAUGGGCUUGGAAGCUCUACAAGAAGGGGCAAAGUCUGGAGUUGAUGGAUCCUGUCCUGAGAUCCACAGCAGUUCCAGAACAGGUUGCAAUGUGUGUGCACAUAGGGCUCCUUUGCACUCAGUCUGACCCCAAGCUGAGGCCUGACAUGAAGCGGGUGGUGGUCAUCCUAUCCAAAAGGCGAAGCACACUAGAGGAGCCCAUCAGGCCUGGCAUCCCUGGAUCCAGGUACCAGAGAAGAGCUUAUGGACCCCAAAGUUCCAACUAUGCCUUGGGUGAAUCCUUAUCAGGAACGAUCGAUGCCUCCAACUCUGCUUCUUCCGAUGCCUCCACUUCCAAAGCAAACAGCAAGACCACUACCUCGACUAUCACCACCAAUGCAAGCUCCCAGGCGCCACAUUUAUAUCAUGAACAACACUCUAUACAACACUAGCAUUAGGCUUCUUUUUUUUAAAAAAAAUUCUUUCUUGUAUUAUAUUAGUAGCUGGUAGUUUUAUUUAAUUAUCUAGUUUUGCAUGUAAAUUUUUUUUGGAGAUUGCUUGGUUAAAGUCUAGAUGAAGAUGCGGGAAGUGAGUAUUCUUUUGCUCAAGAAAAAUAUUUUUGUUAAAACUUCUCUUGGAGGGUUUGCCAUGGAAACUUGAGCAUGUUCUCUUGGCUAGUAGGUCCGCGUGAAGGCUAUCCUCAGCAAUUGUAUUCUCCAUUGCCAUUUACUCUUCAGACAAGUAGACAGGUGAUGAGGAACACAGGAAUGGAUACAUGUAUAUCAGUUCAUGCUUACCAGGAGUCCUGCUGCACUGCUGUCUUGAUCCUAAAUGCUGUCUCUCUGUUCUCCUGUUUAUUGAUCCUAAAUGGGAAAAAACGUUCAGUAGUCAGAUUUUACAAGGAUGUCAUCCAGAACUACGAAACUUAUGUAAACCAUUUGAAAUCAACAUAAUGAUUAUUGUUAACUUUAUUGUAUUUGAAACACAAUGAUUCUCAAAGGUGUUAAGAGAAAGAUCAAGCUUCCAAAACCAUUCUCUGCAUCUUGGAGUUUUGUAAUUCACAGAGCUAAAGUUCAAAU